GAUCCCUUUCAAUUUCUGUUGAUUGAUUCAGUUUUGAAGAAACCCAUCCAUAAAUCUUGCUAUAGAUUUUUGGCCGGAGUUCUUACAAAGCCGCCGGCGAUUUUCCCAACAAUUCAGGCAAUUUCUGUAUCUUUAAUUACGUUGGACCAUCAAAAUGGUUCAAAUGGAGUUCCUGGGAAUGGACUUCAGCUGCGUGUUUGGAUCGUUAAGCGACGGCAAGUUCCCUGAAAAGGACUGCCUGCUUCCUUUGAUUUCUAAGCUCCUAGGUUACGCCAUCGUCGCUGCCUCCACCACCGUUAAACUGCCUCAGAUUAUGAAGAUCAUGCAACAUAAAAGUGUAAGAGGUCUUAGCGUUAUGGCCUUUGAAAUGGAAGUGGUUGGUUAUACCAUUGCUUUGGCAUAUUGUCUUCACAAAGGUCUCCCAUUUUCAGCUUAUGGAGAGUUAGCCUUUCUUCUGAUCCAAGCUAUAAUCUUAGUUGCAACCAUCUAUUAUUUCUCUCAGCCUGUCAGUAACUCAACAUGGAUCCGUGCACUGCUAUAUUGUGGGAUAGCACCAACAAUCUUAGCUGGGAAAAUUGAUCCCCUUCUUUUUGAAGCCCUAUAUGCAUGCCAGCAUGCAGUCUUUUUCUUUGCCAGGGUCCCUCAAAUUUGGGAAAACCUUAAAAACAAAAGCACAGGGGAGCUUAGCUUCAUAACUUCAUUUAUGAAUUCUCUUGGCUCUAUAGUAAGAGUUUUCACCAGCCUCCAAGAAGGAGCCCCAACAAGUGUUGUGAUGGGUUCUGUUAUCGGCAUAUUGACAAACGGUGCAAUCUUAACCCAAAUCAUCAUGUACCAGAAGCCACAGCCACCCAAGAAAGGGAGGAAGAAAGCUGAUUAGAUCACAAGAUCAUAGACAUAACACCAUCUUUAUAUUUUCAAGUUUUACACUUGUUUGUUUCUAUCUAGUAUUUCCAAAAAUGUUUAUUAUCUUUGAUUGUUCUUUUUUUUUCACAUCAGUGAUCAGACCAGUCAACUCAAAUACUUAUACAAGGCUUCGAUAUUUAUUUUCA